AGCCCGCCCGGCCCCCAGCCCGCCCCUUGCAGGCGGUAGUAACUCGAGUUCCCGUCGCGGCCUCAGGGAGCCCAGUCGGGCUCGGUGCGGAGCCGUGGCGGGCGAGCGGGCGGCAGCCCCAGGUGCGGAGCCCCAGGUGAGGAGCCCCCGCGUGGUCCUGCGGAACCCUGGCUCCUAACGGGGCGCCCCCAGCCACGGGGGCCCGGGACGCCGCCACCGCCGCGCUGAAGGGGAAGGGUUCUUUUCCUGUCUGGUGAUUGGGGGUGCUGCCAGCUAGAGGAAGGGGCAGAAAAGGAGGGGUUCAGAAGCCAGCAGCCCGAGAUGAUGUGGAGAAGAAAGACUCCCAGGGACCCUCCCAACAGACUAGCACCCCUGUGCCAGCGCCGAGCCAGGGUGGCCCUCCUCCUGCUGGUGCUGCUGCUGCUGCUGCCCCCUGUCCUCUGCAGCGUGGGGCCCAGGGUACCCCUCAUUGGAGCCCUCAGAGCCAGUGCCCAUGUCCUGCCUGAUGCAAUCCCGGGCACCCCCAAGCCCCUGAGAGGAGGCCGGGGCCCAAAGCCAGCGCUGUCACCCCUGCUGCAAGGCCAGGCGCAGGCCGGGGCCCGGGGCAAGCUGGGCCAACGGGAGAGAGUCCGGGGCCAGAGCCUGAGCCAGGGCCCCCGGAGGGCAAAGCUUGAUUGCCACCUGCGCACAGAGCUGGUGAGGGUGCAUGAGCUGGGCCUGGGCCACGACUCGGACGAGCUGAUCCGCUUCCAGUACUGCAGCGGGGCCUGCCCCAAGGUCCGCUCCAACCAUGACAUCACCCUGGCGCACCUGCUGCGUACAGGCCGCCUGCGCCUCCCCACCCAGCCCGGGAGGGGCUCCGUCCGGGUGCUCAGCCACCCCUGCUGCCGGCCCACGGCCUACAAAGCCGUCUCCUUCAUGGACGUCAGCAACACCUGGAGGACGGUGGACAGCCUCUCUGCCGCCGCUUGUGGCUGCCUAGGCUGAGGCAGUGGCCCCCUCCUGGAGCCCGAAGCCAUUGGCAGCCCACCUCUGGGCUACUCACCUGCCGGCUAGGCGGGCGGGUGUGGAGAAGCCCCGCAAGGCCUGCCGGAGCCUGGGAGCAGAAGAGAUGGACAGCUGCCGGGACCCCAGACCCGGGCCUUUGGCAGGGUGGCCACAGAGUGCCGCAGGAGCCGAGGGGAGGCACGAUUUGUACCCUGGUCUGAGGAGAUCUGGGCCCUGGGGCAGCCCCGGGCCCUGGGGCAGCUAUUUAUUAUAUAAGUUAUUUAUUUAAGCCCUGGUUAGAGGAGGGAGGGCCACCAGUUUAGGAAGCCAGGGAGGUCUGGGAUGGUAGAAGGUCAGCCUUCAUUCCCAGCGGCACAGGAGCCGGCUCCGGGCACUGGACAGGGCCUGGAAGCCAGGACUGGACCACGGGGUUCUCCCUACUCCACCGUAGUGAGCCCCGGCCACAGCCAGUUAGGGAGUGGGGGUGUGGGGGGAAGGACAACAAAGGAUGCAGGAUUGGGAGCCAAGCUCUCGGCUAGUCCUAUGACCACAGUUCCUCUCCCUCUCUGAGCCACAACGUCCUCCUCUGUCCAAUAGGAGUAUCCAUAGUCUCGUCUAUGGACGAGGAGUCUUGUCCAUAGUCUUGAUGACCUCCCAAAGUGAGGUGGUCUCACUUUGUAACCCAAAAAGUACCAGAGGAAGGUGCCCCCCAAAUGAACCAAUGUUACUGCUCCGGCUGGUGUCUUUUGUCCUCUGCCAGCUGGGCCAGAAAACGUUCACACAUGCCCGGCCCUUGGGGAUGGAUUCUCCAUUGAGCUCAUGCCAGGCACUGAGAGACCCAUUCCUUCCACGAAGCAGUCCUUCUAGCCACUUGAAGAUGACCCGAAAGAGCAGCAGCCUGGGGCAGGUCCCCUUCCAGCAGUAGGGGCUCUGUCCGUCUCCCUAGACCUAGACCCUGGGACAGGGGCCUUCCCACCAGAAGUGAUCUCCCAACCCAACUGCAGAGGGGCAGCCCAGUUCUGGCUUCUCCCUCCCCCAAUUUAAGCCCAAAGUCACAGGUGGCCAGAGCUAGAAGGGCCCAGAGAAGCCUCAAAUCAAACCUUACUGAGACCCUUCUAGUGAUACCCCCAAAAUGGUUGUCCAGCCAAUGGACGCCGUGUUUAAGAAGGUCACUGACGAGCUUCUUUCUAGGGGAGGCGAUCAGCAUGGAGAAGGGUCUGGAACCCGUGUAUCUGGGGAAUCAUCGGAGAAACUGAGCAUUUUUAACCUAGAGAAGAGUUUGAGGGGGGCGGUGCAGAUUAGCUGUCACAUUGUAAAUGGAUUUGAUUUGAAGCACCAAGGUUUAGGGGAAAUGGCUUUCCUGACCUUGGUGAUUAAGCCCUUUCCUUUCCUCAUC